GUUGCGGCCAGAUUUAUUCCCCGUGUUGAUUUUUUUUUUCCCUUUUCACCAGAUUCCGCUGCCGUCCGCCCUGUCGUUAAUAUUCCUGUAGUGCUGCAAUCUCAAUUCUCAUUGCCAGGUUCGCGGUUUGUUCUUUAUACUACAACCCACUUAGGCAUUGAACAGCGCUACGUUGUUCUACGGAAUUCAUUACGGCACGAUCUACAUUGGUUCUGUCCAGCACAUCUGUCCACAAUGGCCGCUGAUACCAAAGCCCAGGCUCCGUCGGAUGGGCACAAGACAAGGCCUGAGAAUCCCAGCGAAGAGGCCUAUAAGGCUAAUCUGGCUCGUGCGGAGAAUGAAUUGGCCUCUAUCCAAAAGAGAAUGGAAGAGAUAAAGGCCAAAAUCAAUGUGGCCAAACCAAACAACCAAGACUCUCCAACCGCUAAGAGGGCUCAGGAAUUGCGUGCUGAACUUGCCUCAAUCCGUCAGCAACAGCAGGGUUUCAAGGCCUCUCGAAACAGUAUCCAGGAAAAGAUGAAUGCUCUUGAGGCCAAUAUCAAAUCCCGUGUUGCUGAACAAAAGGCCUCGCGUUCCCGCAUCGCCUUCAAAAGUGUUGAUGAAAUCGACAAGGAAAUCCAACGGCUCGAGAAGCAAGUUGAUUCAGGCACCAUGAAGUUGGUUGAAGAACGGAAAAACCUCGCUGAAAUCUCGAACCUCAGAAAGCAACGAAAGGGUUUCUCUGGCUUUGAGGAAUCUCAAAAAGUUAUUGACGACUUGAAGUCACAGCUCAGCGAACUAAAGAAAUCCCUGGACAAUCCAGAGGCCAAGGCCCUGAGCGAUAGAUACUCCACGAUCCAGCAAGAGCUAGACGCCAUGAAAGCUGAACAGGACGCUGCUUUUAAGAACUUGAACGCUCUUCGGGACGAGCGCACAAGGAUCCAUGGCGAGCAGCAGAAGGCGUACACCGCAGUCCGGGAAAUUAAAGAUAAUUAUUACAAAGCGCGUAGAGCAUAUAAGGAGUACGAAGAUGAACUUUACCGCAUUCGUCGAGAACGCCAGAAGGCUGAACGGGAGUCAUAUGAGCGGGAGAAGAAGAAGAAGAUUGCUGAUAAAAAGCUGGAAGAGGCUUCCCGGCCAGCCUACACUGAUGAGAUCCUAACCGCCCAGGGCCUCAUUCGACACUUUGACCCCUCGUACGAUUUCUCUACUUUGGGCCUGGAAAAGGAUAAGAAGGGACGAGGUGGUGGUUACCGUGCCGAAGUGGGACGCACUGUUGAUGCAUCUGAUCUGAAGGGCAUCAAGAUCAUAAAGAAAGAUGACCGAGAGGAAAAUUACUUCAUGGGAGGCACUGGCGGAAAGAAGGGUAAGAAGGGCAAGAAGAACUCGGCAGCCAGCUCUCCAGCUCCCGCCCAAUUCAACCUCUCUUUUGGUGUUAUCGAGGAUUUGGCAAGCGUCAAAGCAGACCCCCCAAUGAGCCAAGCGGAUGUUCCAGCCCUUGUUGCAAAACUAGCUGAGAAGAUCACCAACUGGAAGGCCCAGCAGGCCGCUAAGACCGCUGAGAACAUCAAGAAGGCCCAAGAAGAAAUCGACCGCCUCGAUGAGGAGGAUACAAACGCCAAAGAGAAGCAAGCGACAGAUGCUGCUCGCAAACCUGCUAUCCAGAGCGAGGGUGCUAAUGGGCACGUCUCUGCUCCUGUGGAGCUUAAGCAGGAGAAAGAUGCGGUCGCCGAUGCAGCUGGAGAGCUUCAGAAAGCCUCCCUGGAGGUUUAAAUGUGAUAAACGACAGAUCUAACCUGGCAGUGGAACCUACAGCCCCCGGUGCGAACCCAGCUCGUCCGUAUAAUUUUUUAUUUUAUUUUCCAAUUCUUGGAUAUAUCAUUCGGUUGCUCGCCCUCCCUUUCUUUCUUUCUUUUUUCUUUUUCUUUUUUCUUUUUUUUCCUUUUCUUUUCUUUUCGUCCUUCCUUCUACAAACACAAUGAGCUGGAUGUACUCUUUGACGGCCUUCGUCUCCGCGCAGUGAACAAAAAAAAAAAAAAAAAAAAAAAAAAAAAAAAAAGGGAAAAAUAAUAGUGAUGGAUUGUUUAACUCCGCUUUCUAGUUUGGUCAUUUUUCUUGUCCUUGUCAGGCAACCCUGAUAGCUAACAUUGAUACACUGUUUCUAUAUAUAUAUCCAUAUAUAUAUAUGAAUAGAUACCUGUUUUGUCCCUGCUUUCUUGACGUGUAUUACGAUCAUGUGGAGCUUGUAUCCGUUUCUCCUCUUUUCUGCUGUCGUUUGUUUUCUCGUUUCCUUCCCUUUAGCAUAUUGUAUUAUUUUUUCAGUUCUGCUCCGAUAUCAGCGUAUAUAACAUUGUUAUCAUUUUAUUUAUUCAAAGUCACUAUAAUAUUCGUCUCUUUCUUUUCCGUUUUCCUAUCCCGUUUUGAUAACAGAUGAUACCAGGGCCCAGCCUUCACCCCGGGCCUAUUUGCUCUAUUCCAGUAUGUUACGUUACUUUGCUUCCUUGAGGUGGCUUCGUAGGACAGGCUUGAAAGCGCUUUCCACUUGUCCACUUGAGACAAUCACUCACUGCCUCUCAAGGCUUGUCAGUGCUUAUUCCCCAACUUUAUCCCGUUAUUCAGCCGUCAACUCUGGCCAAGUACCUAGUUCCUCCCGCCAUAUUUCGACCAUUUUCUAUCCAUCUCCAAAGGUUAUCCAAUAUGUC